UCUCGCUCCUCCUCGUCCUCCCCUUUCUCGCGUCCCCAUUUCCUCCCACCAAAUACGGCACCGUGAUCCGCCACCGACCCGCCGACCGAUCCCCGGCCGGCCAUGGCCUCCGACCCCGCCGCCUGCUGCCCGUGGGACGCGCUCCCGGCGCACCUCCAGGAGCGCAUCCUCUCCCGCCUGCCGCUCACCGCGCUCGUCCCCGUCGCCGCCGUCUCCCGGGCGCUGCGGCGCCUCCUCCGCUCCCCGGCCUUCCACGCCCUCCUCUCCCCGCACCGCCUCGACGCCUUCUUCCUCCUCUCUCCGCGCCUCGCCUUCCACCCGCUCUCCCGGCGCCUCCUCCAGGUGCCCCCCUCGCCCCCGCUCGAUCCAUCUUGCCCUCCCCUCGUCUCCUCCGCCUCCCCCUCCUUCCUUGUCACCGCCGACUCGCUCCUCCGCCUCCCGGCGCUCCCCGACCGCUCCUACCUCAUCGCCGUCGUCGUCCCACCCUCACCCUCCUCCACCUCCAGCCGGGAUUACACCCUUGUCGCCGUCACCACCAACGGCGCCGCUGUCCGCUCGUAUUCCCUGGACUCCGCCGAUCCCUCCCCACGGUGGGUGCCUGGGGCCGAGCUCCCGCUGCCAUUUGCGAUCCUCGGCAAUGCUGCGGUCGCCACUGACCGUUCUCGGCUCUUUGUGCUCGGCCGGGGCCCGGACGCGCUUCUGGUGCUUGAUCUCGAGACCAGGAAGUGGGCUGCUCCGCCAGUUGUGAUGCCGCAUGGCCUUACGACGGCCCACCUGUUUGUUCUUGAUGAUCGGCUGUUCUUGGUAGGUGGGGUGGAGAGGCUCGGGGUGCUGGAGCGGGUGGUGGUGUGGCAGUUGGACAACAAUGAAGCAGUGGGAUGGGUGGAGGUAGCCACAAUGCCGCCGGAGGUGUUCGAUGAGUUGGUGGCUGGUAGGCAUGGUAGUUUCUGGCACUUUCAGGCUGCGGACAGAAUGGGGACUCUUUGUCUGUACAAUGCUUUAGAUGGGAGGCUGGUGAUGUUUGAUGCGGUGGAUUGUGUAUGGACGAUGAUGCCACGAGUGUCUGGGUUAGGAGCCGGGGAGAGCCAAAUGUGGUUUGGGCAUGUCUUGGAGCCAGGCGUCGACCUAUUGCUGGGACAACGCAGCCUGUGUUCAUGAGGAAAUAUCUAACUUCAAGAUUCAAAGCCAUCAUGUGAGUCAAGGCUGUUG